AUGUCGCAACAACCGUUUCAAACCUGGCAGAGUCACUAUAAACAACGACAGGAAUCGGCACAACAGCAGCAGCAUCGGCAUACGGUUAAUCCUGCCACAUCUACGACUGAUCGAGCAUACUACUGGGAUGGCUCAAAGUAUGUGUAUUAUAAAGAUUUGCAAGCGGGAUCACAGCCUCGACAAGACCAGUCAUCGCUUAGUCAUUCACAAACAACUAUGUUUACCGCCGUCAAUGGCCUGCCAACCUAUUCUUCUUCACAAUUGGCAAACCAGCAACAAUCGCAGACUUAUAUAGACGAUUCCAAUCUGGCCGUACAUCAACAUCUACUUACAAAUUCUAUUCAGCAACAGAACGACAGCGCUCUGUCUGCUCGACAAGGCUUGAUUACUCAUCGGGAACAACAUCAACAACAGUGGUUGUCGCAGUACCCGUAUUCGAGACACCGUGAAGUACAAACACCAAGCGAAUUGAUCACGCCGAUGCAAUCUGAACAUCAAUUAGAUCGACAAAACUCGGUUCAAGACAUGCUUGGAGUUGUUCCGGUCGAGUCAUCGGAGAAUGUCCAAUCACAGGUCUAUCCACAAACAGAAAUUAUUUCCCAUCCAUCUCAAGGAAGCGUCCAAAACAAUUUUAAUCAAUCGGGAAACGGGUUUCCAGACCAGUCUUCUUCCCAGAUGGAAACUGAUGAUCAAGUGAUCAGUCGCCAGCAGGACGAAUCUAACAUUUCAGCUUUCAAUGUUCUUAUGAAAUCAGGUAUUGCAAAAAUUACUGAUUUUGGUCUAUCUGGACAGAUGAUGUCCUCAUCAUUAGGGGAAGGCACUGCAGCAUACAGAGAUCCCUUAUCAUUCAGAAAUCAACCAUAUAAACGUGGAAAGAAAUCUGACAUUUUUAGCCUUGGAGUGUUAUUCUGGGAGAUCUCUAGCGAGCAGAUUCCUUGUAAAAAAUGGACCAAUGUGGCAAAAUGUAGAGAAGAAGGCUAUCGUGAUUCCCCCCUUCCAGAAACACCAGAUGCAUAUGUUCAGCUAUAUUCAGCAUGUUGGAGUGAGAAUGCUGAAGAACGACCAUCUUGUACAGAAAUACACAAACAAUUACAACUGUUAUCUGAUGACAGAAAUCAGCAUUUACCAG